AUGGCUCGUGGAGGGCGAGGAGGCAGCGCGCCUUCACGACGCCCCGUUGAUCUCACUGGCAUCAUCAGCGACAACGAAAAAUCGAACCUGAUUCUUCUCGUCACGGCCAUUACUGAAAAGAUGUUUCGAGACAUCAACAGUCUGUUUGAUUCUCCUCUCAUUCCAUUUGUGGAAGGUGAAGGCCCCGACCGAAACUGGCUGGCUCUGGCUCUCCGCGAGCAGGAAAGCAGCGACAAGGAGAAUAGCGCACCUCCAAGAUCCUUCGCAAACAGACCUAUCGGAUCUGCGGCGGUUAAGCCCUCUCCCCAACAACAUCAUCACGACGACGAGACUCCUCCGCAGUUGCAAGAACUGAGAAAUGAGGCUGUUGCAUUCUUUCGCAAGUGGCAGGCGUCAGUCAUCCAGCGUCUCCGAGACUUGACUGUCGACAAUGCCGAAAGGGAAGUCGCCCGUCGAGGUCGCGGAAGAGGCAAUCGAGGUGGUCCGCCUCGCGCGCGUACAGGCCGUGGAGGUCGUGACACAAGACUCAAUGGCCGUGGAGCACCUUCCACACCGCCUGCAACCGCAGUGUUAAACGCUCUUCCUCAAAUACCACCCGCCCACGUCGACCCAUUUCUGGGUCGACUCCAUCCCGCUAUCCCAAACAAUCUGUGGCCACUGCCUUAUGAAAGACGAAAACUGCUGCUGCACAUCAUGUUCCUCGUUGUGCUGUCGCUCCACGACUACAAUGCUAAUGCCCGACUGCUUCUCGUCAACCUGACUUCAUCCUUAAAUCUGCCCAUCAAGGUUCACAAUCAAGACGAAAUACGCAUCGCCAAAGGACUUGCAGCCGCUGCCAUGGAAGUCAGCCCAGAAAAGGCUGCGGCUCAAAAGGAAGAAAACAAGCUUUCCAAAAGAUGGAAGUUUAGCCUCGGUGGGGCCAACAUGGGCAGCAUGGGCCUUGCUAGAGCUUUAGUUGGUGUUGGUGUUGGUUCUGAGGGUAGUGGCCUGACAACACUGGCUGCCGCGGCUCUUUUGGGUAUCAUGUCUGAAAACGGCCUGCUAAUGGGCUCGCUGUUUGGUAUGAACCCUGCCAAGCCAGUUGAUAAAAUGGUGGAAGGUUUUCUGCGCGAGAUUCAGGAUUUUUCGUUUUGGUCUGUGACGGAAGCUGGAGAUGCCAAGUAUGUGGACCCGAGACAGCCAUUACCUGGACAGCGACGACUACGAAUUGUUAUCGCGCUCGGCGGGUUCAUGCUCAACGGCGAUGCGGUUACUACUCCCUGGAGUUCCUUGAGCCAACAGACUGAGGUCUACGUGGUGCAGUGGGACCUCACCACCGUUGAAAGCCUCGGCAAUGCCCUCGAGACUGUUAUUGGCAGUACUGCAUGGAAAUUGGCCAGAAAACAGAUUCUAAAGGACUCAAGUAGGUUUGUAUCUUUUCAAAACGUGGCUUAUCCUUACGGUCCUACAGUCUUCCACUGCCUACUGAAUUCGAAAUGGCCCGAGCCCUUGCUCAAAAUCAGCAAGAUUAUUGACAAUCCUUGGAGUCUCGGCAUGGUUCGCGCCGAAAAACUCGGAACCCUUCUUGCUGAUGCCAUUGUCCGCCACAAGUUCCACGGAGAGCGCUCGGUAUCUCUUGUCGGCUAUAGCCUUGCCGCUAGGGCGAUAUACAUGUGCCUCAUGGUUCUUGCGGAGCGUCGUCAGUUUGGCCUGGUUGAUUCCGUCGUCAUGAUGGGUACUCCCGCACCUUCAGAUAGCAAAGUCUGGAUGGCGAUGAAGAGUGUCGUCUCGGGUCGCUUAAUCAACGCAUACACGGAACAAGACUACCUUCUUGGCUUCCUAUAUCGCACCUCAAACACCCAUUCCGGGAUUGCAGGAUUGCAGGAGAUCAAAGGCGUCGGUGGUGUCGAAAACUACCAUGUCAAACAUUUACAGCAAGGCCAUUUGUCGUACCAGAAAUUGGCCGCGCAAAUUCUAAAGGAAGUCGGCUGGGAGCAUGACUCUUUUUGA